UGUUGCCUUGUUUGUGCGGGGGAUGGGGAGGGGCAGACGAUGGAGCAUGAUGGAUCCCUUGAGCUGCCCAAUGUGAGGUUGGAUCGCCUCCGGAUAGUGUCUUGGAACGUGUUCUUUGCAGACGGGUAUUGGAUCGAGCGGCUGCAUGCCGCGCUGUGCGAGUUGCGCGCCCUCGAUCCGCACGUCAUCUGCCUGCAGGAGGUCAUGCCGCGAAGCCUCAACCACAUUCUCGCCCAUGCAUGGAUCCGCAACAACUUUGUUGUCUCGGACGGCUCCGGCAAGACGCUGCAGCCGUACGGCGUUGUUAUCCUCUCCCGGUUACCUGUCAAACGGUUCAUUGCCUUUGAUCUUGUCUCGCGGAUGAACCGCAAGCUGCUGCUCGCUGAGAUCGAGGUCAACACCGCGGACAGCAUCGUUGUCGGCUGCGUUCAUCUCGAGUCGCUUCCCGAGUUUGGUGCCUUUCGUGUCGCCCAAAUCCUCGACAUCCGCAGUCAUUUGGAGCCGUACUGGGAGCAAGCGGCGCUGGUGGUGAUUGCCGGCGACACCAACGUGGCGACCGAUGCCCCGGAGGAGCUUGCGCUUGUUGCCACCCCCCUCAUUGACAUGUGGCCAAUGCUGUACCCGGACGAUCCCGGUUUGACCCAGGACACGGCAUCAAAUGAGAUGUUGCGCAAGAUCAAGCGCAAGGCCUUUCACGUCCGCUACGAUCGCUGUCUGUUCUUUGAGCCGGGUCACGUCGGUCUCGCCCGACGGCUCUCCGGCCCGCCGGUUAGUCUCAUCUCGGCAUCUGCAUCGCGAACUCGAUCGCUCACGCCCGACUCGGACUUGUCAUCCGCCUCGUCGUCGUCGGCGCCGCCUUCAAUGCCUGUUCUCGACGAGAUGGUGGCUCACCCUCAGCGGCCGCGAUGGCGGCCGGAGUACAUGGCUCGAAUCGGAACCCGCCCGCUGGCGACGCCCGAGCGCGGCGGGCGGUCUGACAAGAUGCGUCGGCUGUUUCCGUCGGACCACUUUGGACUGGUGGCCUCGUUUGCGCUGUCGGCGUCUGCUCAUCGGAUCGAGGCUGCGCGGAGCCCGGCGUGCCCCGGCUGGUGCCGAUUCUGGCGGAGCUCCGCGGAGACUGUUGCACAGCCGGGGCCAUGGAUGGGUCCCAGCAUUGUCGCCGGCCGAUCUGCGGUAACGACGUGGCCGCCAACAGGGUGCUCGCCGGCUGUCGGAUCGUCAUCGACGUCGUCGUCGGACUCGUCAUCGAACGCUGGCCUGGAUCUAUAUUGGCGGCCACAUGAAUGGGACUACGCCGCGCUAUACGCCAACUUUCCGACGCCGGAUGUCCUGCCACGAUCGGACGCGCACCGGCCGUCGUCGCACGACUUUUCGACUACUGCAGACGGUAGUGGCGGAGGAUGGCUCUGCUGCUACGGGAGCCGCCCUCGCAAGCGACGACGGAGGCGGAGGUCGCGGCAAUCGCGAUCGAGUGCCUCGGAGCGCGCAUUCUCGUCGUUGUCCGACUCAUCGUCACAGCUGAAGACGACGGUGACGCUCGAGACGCUUCCGCUGCCCGGGCCUGUCUUUGACGCCUCUUGCAGUGUGGCUUCCAGCCUCGAAUCGAGCUCCAGCUCGGGCAGCACUAGCGGGGUGUCGACCGAUGCGUCGGCGACGCAGACCUGCAGCAGUGACUUUGACCUGUCGGCGUACCGGACCGAGUACGUUGCGUAUCGGCGAAGGGAGCCGUCGGAGUCAUCGGCGUCAUCAGCGGCGUCGACUUGCUAGACGGCAGAUUGAGUUUAGAUCUGGAGCGUAUGGUGUACUACGACGACGUUGUGGCGUCGUUGACAUACUCGAGAGAGGCGGCGACGUGACGGAGAUCGCUUUCGAUGGCCCUCGCCCAGGCCUCGACGUCACCGAGCUCCUUGAGGGCCGAAUUGAACUUUUCGACGGCAGUCACCC